CCUUUUGUUUUUGACAAUGCGACAAUUUUUGGUUAGAAUUCGGUUGCGUAAUUAACCUCAACCAAGCCUGCGUGGUGUCAACUCAACGUCUAACAAUUAGUGCAUCGAUGUGUUUGAUUAAUCUAAAAAAUCGGACGUUUUUGAAGUUCGCGCGCGCACGUUGGGACUUUGCAGCCCGUAAAAAACUAGUAAACAGUCGAUUGUCAAGUAUGGCGGAGUUUGUUUGAAAUAUGUGAAGCCACCGAGAUAAUUUUACCUUUUUGGUAUUUUUACCAUUUUAAAACAUGUUAAACCAGGUUUCAGUGGAAGCUGUGUAUUCUGCUACCUACGUGGAGAAUUAUCUGGAUUGCGUCGAAAAUCUUCCCGAUGAACUGCAGCGUCUAAUCUCCAGAAUGAGGGAACUCGACGUCUGUUACUUAGCUCGCGUCAGGGAGGCCGCAUAUCAGACCGAAAGCUGGAAGAGGAUAGGCAACGACAACCCCGCGAAAAAGGCCAGGGGCUUCGCCCGAAUGCAGCAGGCGUUGAUUGCGGCCCAGGAGCUCGGCGACGAGAAAAUGAGCCUGCUUCAGUCGAUCCUCGACAAAAUUGAAAUAAAAACCCGGCUGUUAGAUCAAGAUUUUAAAAAUCUAGAUUUUGGUAAGGAAGAGUCAACGCAAAUUGAAAACAAAGAACAGCAACCACCAACAAAUAACACCAGUAAUAAUACUACGUUAACGAACAAUGAGAGACCACCUAAGAGGGCGAGGCGCACUAGACAUGACACCUUCUCUGGCUUAGAAUCCAACCAUAACGACGCCGCCCCCGUGGAGCACGUGUCGCGGAGCCAAGUGCCGUCGUCGACGAACACGACUUCGAGUCAGAAGAAAACUAGUACCGGCAAGAAGAAAAAGCGCAAAUCUCGGCAGGUCCAGGCCCAGAGGGAAGAAUCUCCACCUAGGGAGGAAGAACCCGUGAUCGAUCCCGACGAACCCACUUACUGUUUAUGUGAUCAAAUUUCUUAUGGUGAAAUGAUUAUGUGCGACAACGAUCUGUGUCCCAUUGAAUGGUUCCACUUUUCUUGCGUUACGCUAACCACGAAACCGAAAGGUAAAUGGUAUUGUCCAAAGUGUCGCGGUGAUAGGCCCAACGUUAUGAAGCCCAAGGCGCAGUUUUUAAGAGAACUCGAAAAGUAUAAUAAGGAUAAAGAAGAAAAAACAUAAUUUAUAUAUUUUAUUAUGGUGUGUAUUUUUUUUCUUACCGUUUUGACAUAGCAAGUAAAUAUAAUUUGAUAGAAAGUUUUAAAAUAUGAAUAAAUAUGUCUAACAUGA